UAGACCUGUUACCAACUGAAAGAACAGUCACAUUUUUCUGAAUCCAAGACAGUCGUUUUAGGAGUUCCUUGUAGCAGUGAAGCUGUCAACCAUAUCCCAUCACUGCGAUGCAACAGGUCAUCAGAUUGCAAAAUAACGUUGAUGAUUGACUUUGGAAUGGCCUUGUGGUCUGAGCUGCUGAAUUCUGGACUUGCAGACAGAUGUCCAACACUCAGUCACUCCUUACAAACCAGUACCUGGGAGUUCUGACCUCAGUAACUUAUGAUCCAUGGCUACAGUGAUAAUAUGCCGAAGACUUCCAAGAGGAGUCAGCAGGGCUGCGACAUUUUCAACUGUAUCCAGGAGCGGGGCCAAGAGGACAAUUCCCAGGAGAAAGUCAGAGGAGGAUGGGAACCCUCAGGUGACUGACACUAAAGCAGAGGUGAGACUCAGGCUGCAGAAUCCUGUGGAGUACAGAAUAUUUUAUAAUCCAUCAGCCUACACGGCCACCAAAACCAUAUCAUAUCAGAAUGCAGCUGGAAGCAAUGCAGAUGGUGAUGAAAGGCCCUCUGCUAGCAAAUUCUCCAGCAUUGUCACCAAGCAAGUCCAAAAUACCUACAGCAUCACCUGGCACCCAAGUCUGAGCACAAAAAACACUACGCUGCAUCUGGAAUUCAGCAAACCCUUCUCCACACAAGCCAGCCCAAAACAGCCAGUUAAACCCAAGCCCAAAAGAGAUGAAAUGCCUGAUGUUGAGGUGGAGGCUUAUAACAGUGAGGUGGAGGCUUAUAACAGUAAGGUGGAUAACCGGGCCUUUCAGAAAGAAAGGCCUGAAUACAGCUGUCUGUGUUAUGACAACUCCACACCCGUGGAGCCCCUACCCCUAGAAGAAAGAGACUUGAUCUUACACAGUAUAAGUACACUUAAAAGUGAGCUGGUCCCAGGAACUAUUGUGGAGUAUUUUUGCAAGCUGAGCUGUCUUCCGGUGGAGCAGCAUGCUCCCCUGAAGUCCCACAUCCAGUUCACGAUGCUGUGUCACUACUCGGUUAAAAAGAUCCAGAUGUUCAGCACAUUGGAACUCAUCGCUAUUUUAAAGGCACUUGUCCGCUUAACUGUUGAUUUCAACCACGUCAUGAUGAGUGCAUACGAGAGGGAAUUCUGCUAUCGGGCAUGGACCAUGAGCCUGGAGCAGCUGCUGCUGGUGGCAGACUUCUGGCGCUACUUGCAAUGUAACGUGCCUCACUACUUGCGCGUCGUCUUGAGUUUCAUGAGCAUGCACUGGGGAAGCCUCACCUUGCCCCAGCUGGUGCAGCUGAUGUACAUCAUAGGAGAACACCGGAAGGCGCCCCCAGGCUUAAUGCAGAAGCUGGAGACCUUGGUGUUGGUGAACUUGGAUUCCUUCACCUUGGAAGAAGUUGGGACUGUUUGCUUGGGGGCCUUCAAGGCACGCCACUGCUUCUCGGAGCAGGUCAUGCAGGGAAUCGGAGACAAGAUCUCGCCCCGGCUGGAAGACAUGGGCAACUUUGCUUUGGUGGGCGUGCUGAAGAUGUUCCGUUAUAGUCACGUCGAUCACGUGAACUUCAUGAAGCGACUCGCGGUGGUGGUUCCACCUCGGAUUCAUAGUAUAGGCAUCCAGGGUGUUAUGCACAUAAGUCUCUUCUGCGCAGCCCUGCGUUACCUCAGCAAAAGGAUUAUGAAUGCUGUCGCCUCUUCAGUGCCUUCCAGGGUGACAUACUGCCGAUACAAGGAUGUUGCCAAGUUCUUGUGGUCGUUUGGAACCCUAAAUUAUGAGCCACCCAACACGGAGAUUUUUUACAACAGCCUUAUAGAGCAGGUGCGCAGGCAGUUGCAUCAGUCCAGGAAGUUCCCUGAGCAUUUUCUCACAUGUUUGCUGGCUCUGGCAUUCACUGAGCGCUACCCAUAUGACCUGAUUAACUAUGCCCUGAGCAAUGAGUUUAUCCAGUUAACCAAUGAAGCUAAAUUUGACCUGAGAAAGGAUCUGUUCACUCUUGAUGGCAGCGUAGAAAUUGAGUGCCCAGAUUACAAAGGCAAUCGCCUUAUGCCCCAGCUUCGGCAAGAAGCUACCAAGAUCCUGUUGAGUUUUGCAGAGCGAAAAAUCUACAUAAAGCCAGAAGUCCAGGAGGCGCUUGCUGUGCUAGAGGACAUCCUAGGUGGGCCCGAGUACGUCAAAAACCAUAUGAUCUUACCUCACACCAGAACAAACGAUCUAGAAGUUCAUUUGGACCAAGACCGAAUGCCAGUACCUUUUAACUUCAAAAGUUCCCCGGCAGAUAAACAAGUGGUUAAAGAUGAGCAGAAGCACAUCGGAAAGAGUCACUCAGAUGAUUUAAUGAAUCGGCUCUUAAACUGGAAAUCUAGUGACAGGUCUUCCAAGAUUGAUGAUAAAACUGAGGUGCAGACUCAUGGGCAGAAGAGGGCAAGAGAUGAGCGAGCCCCAUCCCCUGGGGAUGAUUUUGCAUUUCCAGAUGGGGUUCCUCUGACUGACUCCUUCGUAAAGGUUUUGACCAAGUCAGCGACCUCCCCUGAACAUCCUCCCUCACCACCAAGGCCGCAGCCUGCAAGCAUGAAGCUCGCCAUCCAAAUAGUAUCCAGGAAUCACUAUUGCUACAAAACGACGCAGUUGCUGGGGAUGCACAGCAUGAAGAGGCGGCAGCUGCAGCGGCUGGGCUACGUGGUGGUGGAGCUGCAGUACUGGGAGUGGUUCCGUUUGCUGCAAGAGACCUGGGCGAAGAAGGUGAAUUACCUGCGCCACAAAGUGUUUGACUCAAUUCCCCAAAAAUAGACAGUUAAAAAGAAGCCAUUUGACAAGACUGAUACCUAAAUCUAGCACUGCAGAGGAGCCUGCCUGGCUCUCCAGAGGGGAAAGUAGCUGGGCAGAUCCUUCCCUCUUGUUUCUGAUCCUUGUUUUACUCCUCCAGUGGUUUAUCAAGCUUUGCUGGCUGCUUUACAUAGUCCGGGCUGGUUUGACAGCCACCUUAGGAGCCUCAUCAACAGCUGUAUACGCCGUGCUCUUCUCCUCUUGUAAAUGUACCCCAACACGACUCUGUUUAUAAAUAAAAGCCCUGACAACAUAA